AUGCGUCGCAUACUCUUAAUUGGUGCCAUCAUUGUGAUGACGGAGGCAAGACCUGGUCUUCUCUUCGCUGAACCAUUACAACCAUUAGGAAUCCAAUAUGCCCACCCAUCAGCUCCAGUUAUCCAUGCUCAUCCUGCCGUGGAACUAAACGCUGCCAGUGAAUCUCUGUUACCACCGGAUCUACUGAAGUCGAAGCGAUUUUAUGACAAUCCAGCUAUCGCUGCAGGCUUGGCUAAAGAAUCUUGGUUCACGAAUAAGGAGAUGCAAGUAGUAGAAAGAGAAGCGGAGAAGAUACCAAGGGAAAGGAUUUAUAAGAUUGUUAAAAGUGCUGGAUUUUUAGAUAACCAUUAGUAUUUUAGUUUGGGUAGAGACCCUUGUAUAUCUAUUGCUGUCUCUAUUUUGUCAAAGAAAAAAGAGAUGACAAUAUAUAUGUACAACGGAGAGACGGAAUAACACGACAUUUUAAGGACUCAGUUAUGUUUUUUAUUUAUGUUUAAA